AUGGCGACCACCAUCCCCUCGAUCGCCUGUCUCGGCGUAAUCGGCCGAAAUAACAACCCCCUCCAAACAACCAUCUUCCCCUCCUACGACCCGUCCACCUCCUCCUACCGCCCUGUCCGCACCCCCCUACAAUUCUCCCUCAUCCUCUCCAGCACCCUCGACGUCUUUGAGCUGCGGGCCCGACAGAACGCGGCCGCAGGCACCGGAUUGACCGGCGACUUUGGCCUACUCCAUGCCGUCGACGAUCGGCUGGCAGCGUAUGGGUUCGAGACGAAUACGGGCACGCGGUUUGUGGCGAUUGUGGAUAUGAGAGGGCGGCGGUUAGAUGGGACGGGCGCGGGUGUUGGUGGCGGGGCUGGAGGAGGGGGAGGAGCGGGUAAUAAUGUGGGUGCUACGGGGGUUGGGUUGAGGGAAGGGGAGAUGAGGGUGGUGUUUAAGGCGAUGCAGGUGGCGUAUAUUAAGUUGUUGCAGAAUCCGUUCUUUGAACCGGAUGAACACUCGCCGCCGAAGGGGCAGGGUGGGAGGAGGAUUACGAGUCGGAAGUUUGCGGAGGAUUUGAGGCGGAUUGGGGAGAACUGGGGGCCGGGGGUUGCGAAUUUGUGA